AUGUCCUACUACGAUAACCAGCAGUGGUCCGGUCCCGGCCAGAACAACUGGGAGCACCAGAGCGGCACCUCCACCCCUGUCCGCAGCGCUGGUGCGAGCGCUCCCCAGCCCCAGGAUGAGUUCGCCUUCUCCUAUCAGUUCGAUGAGGUCGACCGCGCCUUCGAGAACUUGUCAAAGUCCGGCAAGGGCUAUGGCAUGGGCGGACGUCGUGAGUUCCCGAAGACAGCCGACCAGCUUGCUGGAGCACGCCCCCAGGCCAACAGGCGUGGUGGUCUCGCGCACGUUGUCAGGGCACCGACUAACCAGGCGGCCCCGCCUGCUAUGCGAGUAGAUUCUCGUGUCUCCCACGGUGGCGGUCCUCGCUCUCACCACAUGAAUGCGUUUGACGAUGCCCGUGGGCCCCCGGGCCAGAACCUCCACAACUUCUACGCGACCCAGCGCCACCAGCCCUCUCGCGGCAGCAACGAGGCGGAGCAGGUUAUGCAGGCGAAGAGAAGGAUGGCAGCCCAGCGGGAGCGAGAGCUGCGCAACCUCCACACGGAGCAGCAAUACCAACGAAAUGUCUUGACCGAUGUGGCCCAGCAGAGCGGCAAGCACAUGUCCGAGGAAGAGACGCGCGAGCUCAUUGCCCGCCAGCGCAGCGCCUUGUACGGCGAAGGCCCGUUUGCCGACAAGAGCGGCUACGUCGACGAGACCGGCAACAUGCGACCUGGAGCCCCCGUCGCCAGUGGCCCUGCUAGCCUCCGCGGCCCCUCGCCUCUGACUUUCGACAACAUUGGCCGUGCUCCGUCGGGCGCCGAGAUUCCCACUCCCGGUUCGGCGAGCGACCACGCGCAAACCAACCCCAGCCCGCGCCCCCAGUCCACAACUAGCCCUCAGACGGCCGGCCCUACCAACAAGGCCUUUGAGAACGCUGUCGGGCCCCAGAGCCGCACGAGCAACUCGAGCCCGACCGGCGGAUCUCCGCCUCGCGACCUGGCCCCUGGCUCCAAGCCGGGCCAGGCGGGUGCCCCCGUUGCGCCCAUCGGCACCCGGCCAUCCGGCACGCCGUCGGCAGGUGCCUCUGGGAAGCGGUCGACGACGCCCCUCACCUCCUCGGGCGGCUGGGGCCGCGGCAACGGCGUUUGGGGCCAGUCGUCGGGCAUCGGGGCUCAAGCCAGCGUCUGGGGUUAG